GCCAAAGCCACCUGCCGACGGACCUGAAGGAAUUACAGAGGGCGGUGCGCUGGUUGCGCGUCUGCCUGUUUACGGGGCCCGCGACGUGGGCCGAGGCUUGCGGAAGAAGGCUCGGGCACGUUUCAAGGCACACGGAUUACGCGAGAUUGAUCAUGCCCGCUCUCUUCAGCAUGCUCAGCCGUACGAACGAGAUUGGGCGCAUGCUUGGUACUCACGUAAAAGGUAUCUUCUGGUCAGCAGAUGAGGAGAGUCAUAAUAUCUUCGAUGUGGUGUUUGCAGAGGUCGACAUCCGAGAGGUCAAGUCUGGCAAUUCUAGACGCUUCGCGUAACCCCACCAGGUCCGUAGCCUUGGCUCAAGCUUGGCUCGAGCGAUCUUGACCUAAGGUAUUUACAGUGCGGCUCAAGCCGCGGUGCCGUGUCUUCUCGGAUGCUGGGCAUCGGCCGAGGGUCUCGAGAAGCCGUUAUUUCCCUCGAAGCGUCGAUCGAGAACUGCGGUCGGACAAAACAAUGGAGCGUAGCACUGCGGUUGCUCCGCGAAGGACUUCGAUUAGGUGUGCAACUUGUCCCAGGCCGCUACAUUGCGAUUGCCAGCGCAUGCAGAAAAGGCGGGCAAUGGCAACACGCGCUUUCAGUGCUCAGUGACAUGUGGAAGGCGAAGCUGGAGCCCAACGUCAUCAGCUACAGCGUUGGGAUCAGCGCGUGCGAGAAGGGCGGGCAGUGGCAGCCAGCGCUGGCACUGCUGAGCGAGAUGCAGGAGGCGAAGCUGGAGCCCGACGUCAUCAGCUACAACGUUGGGAUCAGCGCCUGCGAGAAGGGCCAGCAGUGGCAGCGGGCGCUUGCGCUGCUGAGCGAGAUGUGGGAGGCGAAGCUGGAGCCCAACGUCUCAGCUACAGCGUUGGGAUCAGCGCGUGCGAGAAGGGCGAGCAGUGGCAGCGGGCGCUUGCGCUGCUGAGCGAGAUGUGGGAGGCGAAGCUGGAGCCCAACGUCAUCAGCUACAGCGCUGGGAUCAGCGCGUGCGAGAAGGGCGAGCAGUGGCAGCGGGCGCUUGCGCUGCUGAGCGAGAUGUGGGAGGCGAAGCUGGAGCCCGACGUCAUCUCUACUACAUUGCAGGGCCCAGUGCGUGCCAGAAGGGCGCAGGCUCAAAUGUCUCAAAACCGCCCCAGGCUGCUACGGCGCUGGGAUCAGCGCGUGCGAGAAGGGCGCGCAGUGGCAGCGGGCACUGGCGCUGCUGAGCGCGAUGUGGGAGGGGAAGCUGGAGCCCAACGUGAACUGACCUACAGCGCUGGGAUCAGCGCAUGCGAGAAGGGCGAGCAGUGGCA